AAUUAUUGAUCAUAAUAUUCCAUGCUUCCUGAGAUUCACCAACACUACACCUGAUCUUUCUCCCCUCCAUACACACACAAGCACGUAUCUGACUCAUACACUGUUCGCUUCCCAGGCAUUUCUACAUUACUCCAUAUGCUUUAUUACACACUUUCUGACAGGUUGUGGGGCACCUGAGCCCUGGAUACAAUAAUUUCGUUAUUAUUAUUAUUAUUAUGAAAUAAGGGUUUCAAAUUUUGCCAGAAGGGAGCGAUUUGGGGAGAAGGGGACGAGACGAUUAUAUCGAGCGCAGAGUUUUCAUAGUCCCUAUUUCCUCCUCCCCUUUUGGAGCGGAGGGAAUAAGUACCCCUUAAGGAGUUGGUCCUGGGGACGGGGGGGGGGAUCCCCGCAGAUCGAAAGAGGGGGCGGAUUACUUUUAUCACAUGACACCCCACACUUCCGUUUCCGCUACAUCCUGCCUGACGCGGGAGAAGAACCGUAAAGUGUUUUUGUUUGUUUUUCACGGAGAUUUUGAGAUUCACAGAUGACAUAGGCACAAAACGACUUCUGUAUAUUGGAUACAUCUGGAAUAUCUAUCAUGUCUUAAAGACUAAAGGAAAAUGUCUUAGGGAACAGAUAUAAUAACCCUACUGCUAUAAAUCUAGGGUUGGAUUGCUGUGAAAUAUUGGCUCUCACCUGAGAUUCAUAGCAACAUUUCUCCAUCUCAUUACCCGGUGCUUUUGCAUUCUAAUUAAACAGCAUCUUUAGAUAUUGAUAAUGAUCACUGUUGAUAGCAGUAGAAAUAUUUCUGAGGAAUAAAUUAUUACAAAAGAACAAGAAAAAGGAAAUUAUAUGAUUUGGUCAGAGAAGAACGGUAAAGGAAAAAUUUGAUACUGUGAGAAACUUCAAUGGUUGGGUUGAUUUGUAUCCUUUAGAGAAAUGUCAAAAGAACUGAGAGAAUCACAACAUUGGUGUGAAAUCUGUGGUAAAUUCUUCCACACAGGUAAUAAUUUGAUUAAACACAUUCGUGUUCAUACAGGUGAGAAGCCAUUUGACUGUGAUACCUGUGGUAAAUCAUUCUCUCUAAGACAUCACUUAACUGGACAUAAACGUAUUCAUACCGGGGAGCGGCCAUUUGAUUGUGAUACCUGUGGUAAAUCAUUCUCUCAUAAUUGUCAUUUAACAUAUCACAAGCGUAUCCAUACAGGGGAGAAACCAUUUCACUGUGAUGUCUGUGGUAAAUCAUUCUCUGCAAGUAGUACGUUAACUAAACACAAAUAUAUUCACACAGGAGAGAAACCAUAUCCCUGUGAUAUCUGUGGUAAGGCAUUCACUUUGUAUGGUCACUUACACGGACACAAACGUUUUCAUACAGGAGAAAAGCCAUUUCAAUGUGUUACCUGUGGUAAGUCAUUCUCUGAAGGUAAUGCCUUAACAACACACAAACGUAUUCACACAGGAAAGAAGCCAUAUCGCUGCAAUAUCUGUGGUACAUCAUUCUUUCAAAAUAGUGUGUUAACUACUCACAAAUAUAUUCACACAGGGGAAAGACCAUAUCAGUGUGACACCUGUGGUAAAUCAUUCACUGCAAAACAGAACUUAAUUAAUCACAGACGUGUUCAUACAGGGGAGAAACCAUAUCACUGUGACAUCUGUGAUAAAUCAUUCUCUCAGAGCAACAGCUUAACUACUCACAAACGUAUUCAUACGAGAGAAAAACCACAUCACUGUGAUAUCUGUGGCAAAUCAUUCUCUGACAACUCAAAUUUAACUAAACACAAACAUAUUCAUACAGGUGAGAUGCCAUAUAAUUGUGAUAUCUGUGGAAAAUCUUUCUCUCAGAGAAGUAACUUAACUACACAUGCAUCUGUCCAUGUAAAAGUGUGAUUGUAUCAUUGUCAGAAUUCAUUAGAACAUCCAACAACAGCCGAAAUCUUAAAACCAUUCUCUCUGGUAAAUCACGGCUUAACCUUUGUGCCCUUAACAGCAAUCAUUAACCCCUGACAGAAACCAUACUCAUCAAAGUUACCACAUUGAGAUGGUUUUUUUACAGCCAGAUGCCCUUCCCUAUGCCAACCACUUCAGCCACUUUAGUAGAUUCUUACCUGGCAUUCACAUAGUUUACCUGGACACAGGUUGCUUUUUAAAAUCCAUUCCAUUCAGAAAAUAACUUGUAAACAUAAAUUUAUUCACAUAGUAAAAAAAAGAUAUGUGUGUGUGAUAACAAGCUGUUAUCAAUAUACAGAUCAAUAUACAGACGGAUAGGUAUGUAGACUAUAUGAACAGACACAUUUGGAGACACAGAUCCUCACAUAUAAAGAUGCACAUCCAUACAUACAAACAUGGUACAUAGUUACAUAACACACACACACACGCAAGGAGACAGAGGUGCAUAUAUACACAAACACAGACAGGCAAGCACAUGAAUGUGUAUUCUAUCCAUUCUAUUCAGGACCAAGUUGAAGAUUGUGUUUUGGAGAAAAAAGAAGACAGGGCAAUGUUGUUUCUUACACUCCCAAGAAGAGGCAUAAGGUUGCGGACAAACCAUUUCUCGAAUCUGUCGAG